GCAGUACUCUCAGUCAGCAUGGCGGUAUAUAUGGUCUGUGGACAGACGGACUACUGUGCCAAGGCCCUUUGCGGAACUGAAAAGCAUAUUGCGUGCAACAACAAAGGAGCCUGGGCUUUAACUUGUCCGACAAGUCCGGCGCCUUUUCUCAUUGACAUGAAUCUAACACUGAGACAACACUUAGUGCGCUUACACAAUGUCAGACGCAAUAACUUGGCCCUGGGCAAGGUAGCCAAAUACAAUAGUGCAAGGAGAAUGGCCACAAUGCGCUGGAGUCCAGAGCUAGCCAAGCUAGCGGAGCUGAAUGCGCGUCAGUGUCAGAUGAAGCACGACGCAUGCCACAAUACAAAUAAGUUCAAGUCCAGCGGACAGAACUUGGCCAUCAUUUCUGGCUCAAGCGAGACAGACGAGCAGCUUCUCACUGCCUGCAUUAACAUGUGGUGGAAUGAGAACAAGAAUGCAAACAUGGCAGUCAUAAACAGUUACCCUAAGACCUGGACCGGAGAUCAAAUUGGACACUUCACGGCCAUGGCUCAGCAGCCCAACUAUGCUGUCGGCUGCGCAGCUGCCAGAUAUGUUUCCAACAAAGUAAGAAACUUUCUUCUUGUCUGCAACUAUGCCACCACCAAUAUCAUUGAUCGAGCUGUCUAUGUUCGCGGCCCAACGGCUGCCGGCUGCAACACUGGCACAAAUGUCAACUAUCCUGGAUUGUGCACAGUUAACGAAGUUUUUACUGUCUAGAUUACGAUUCGUAUGUGAAGAAAUAAAAGCAAGUCGAAAAGGCUAUGGGAAUAUUCUAGAAAAGUA